AUUAAAUGGCUAAUUUAGGGCUUAAAGAAGUGGCCAUCAUACCAGAAUUUUCCAGCAAGAACCGGACCUAGUAGGGAGAAGAAGAAGCCGGUGGCAAGCUGCAGGGGAACUUACGGACUAGCCAAAAUUGAGGGAAAUAAACAGAAAUUAGCAUAACCCAGCCUAAAUCAAGGUUAAAGAGAUGAUUUCUUGGCUGUGGCUUACCCGAAAAAUGCCCAGCAAUUCACACCCACAUAGCAGCCGGCGGACAGGGGAGAAGAGCAGAGCAGAUUCGGGAUUUUCUGGGUUGAGAGGGAAGAUUCUAAGCCCCAAAUCUUGUGAUUUAACAAGAAAGGAAGAGAAAUUCAUCAAGAUCUGUCAUUCCGAAGUGCAAACGCGGACUAGAGAAGGACUUCGAGUCUGGUGCAAUUACAUUGGCGCCGUCUGUGGGAAUCGAACUGAAAGCUUUCCAGUUGCUCUUUCAUCAUGGUUCACACUCGAUCAGUCCGAGCUG